AUAAAAGCUCUUUGUGCGUCAUCUUUUACCACCGAAUUGGCAGAUCGAACGGGUGAGAGAGAUUUGUAUCUACACCAUUUCACCAGCCCAGCCCCAGCCCCAUUCCAAUCUUGUACCAUACACACAAACCAAAUGAAAGAAUCCAUCAUUCUGACCCUCUCCAUGUUACGUGGCUACACCCAUCUGGAACCAACCAGAGGCCGAUUUCCACUUCAGCUCCCCCAUUUGACUUGUUCACCAUGUUCAACAAAUUGUGCAAAAAGCUCCAAGUGGACAUCGAACAAGCCAGAACCGAAGCCACCAUUUGUAUUGUGAGUACAUCAGGGUUUCAAUGUAAACGACCGGCGCACGUCCCUAG